AUGGUGCUAUCAAUAUGGUGUUUUCGAGAAAAAUUUGUAACCAUGGAGGACUUAGGAAAAACAUACGAAGGUUAUGAGAACUAUUUCACGUUGAAGAUACACUACAGUGGUGUCUUCACCAAAGCACCUGGAAGGAAAUACGUUGAUGGUGUUGUAGCAUAUGUAGAUUAUGUUGACACUGAUUUAUUUUCAGUUCAUGAUCUUGACGACAUGGUUCGAGAACUAGGGUCACAAGGUAAAGAAAGUCAUGUCAUUCAAAAGGAAGUGGUGAAUCAUGAAAUUGAAACUCAAGAAGAAGUGAUCACUAGUGCAGUUGAAACUGAAGAACAAUUGGGAACUUACCAUGUACAGGAACCAAGCUGCCAAGCUGAUAAUGGAGCUAAUACUACAACAGUUGAUGACUAUGAACCAUUUGUAGAGGAUUACUCACUUUAUGCUGAUUAUGAUGCUGAGUUUAAUGUUCAAACUUCAUUUGAAAAACAACCAGAAGUGGAUUAUCUAGAGGGUAUGGUGAGUGAUGAUAGUGGAGAUGCUUUCUACUCUGAGAGUGGCCAUGGUUCUGAGGAUAGUGGAGAUGAUUCUGAUGACAGUGAAUACAAUGUGGAUGAGUCUAACAUACAAUUUGAUGUAGAUGUAGACAUGAGUGAAUUCCAUAAUGCUGUUGAUGUAGAUGAACAUGGAAUCUUGAACAAUCAUUCAAAAGAUGAUGGGAUUGGAGUGGUUGACUUUGAUAAUGAGUUGGAAGUUAUUGCCACUGAUGAUUAUCAAUUUGCAGGAUUUCAUGAAGAUGAUAGGAAGAGACUGCUAAAAGAGUUGAGUAAGUCAAGUACAUGCUCACAUGGAGAGGUUCAUGUUAAACCAUUUCAGAUUGGUCAGGUCUUCAAAACCAAGGUUGAUGUUAAAAACUACAUGAACUCACAUGCUGUAGCAACAAGGAGGUUAUCAACAUGGAAAGCCAUGUAUUUCAACAAAAUUGAUCCAUUGAAUGGACGUACAAUGUGGCCUAAAAGUGACUGCCCAUUCACUUUACUUCCACCAAAACAUAAGACACAGGUUGGGAGGCCUAAGAAGAAGAGAAGAAGGGGUGUUGAUGAGCCAAACAGCCAAGCUGUUACAAUGGCGACCCUCUCCUCCAAUCGAUUCUUUGAUCUUAUCAAACCUGGAAUCACCACCAAUGCCCUAGCACACAUAGGGGGAUCAGACCAUCGAAUGAAACCACAUCUUUUACAGUUCCAAAAUUGCCUUCCAGGGUUACGAUCCGUCCAUGAAGUGAUCUUCGUUGCUUCAUUCCCACAUCUGCAAGUCACCAUCUUUGAAUCAGAAGCGAUUGGAUGUCGUGAAGGGUGCAACUGUCGAGCAACAGUGGAAAGGAGGAGAGAUGAUCGACUGAUGAAGCUAAAGGAUUUGCCCAAAAAUCGGACAUGCAAUUUCUUUUAA